AUGGCCAUGCAGUUCAACGCACAGCCUGCCGUCCAGGACCCACGCUUUGCUCCCAACACUGAUAUUAAUGGCACCUCUCCGCAAGCCACAGACAAUGACCCGUCUGCUCUUUCUGCUACGAGGAAACACGUCGAUAUUGACAGGCAGUGCGCUGUUCCUCAAUACAACGGCGUUCCGUGCCCUGCUCCGCUUGCCUGUCCUUCACACACUGUAGGGGAAAAGCACACUGUCCCUGGCAGAAGUGCUCCGCUAGAACAACUCAUGGCUCUUCAACAGCAACAGUCGGCUCAAACGGCUCAAACGAUUCAGCAGUAA